AUGGCUGGAAUCGGAACAGUAUUGACGGCGCGGGACGCGUGCUCCCCUAGUCUUAGGAUAAUCAUGUCUUUUGUUAUUGUUUUAUUCUUAGGUAUGCCAAGUGUACAUUCCCAGAAAUUGUAUUUUCGUGACACAGAUCUCAACAUAUUAGUAGACGGUACAGAACUUGUGAAACUUGUACAAAUCGGUCAAUACAACACUAGUCUGAUAAUAACUGCAGCAAUCCAGCAUCCGGACAUAGUCCAAUUAGUGCCACAACAAAUAGACAUUCCGGGUUCCAAAGAGCCCAAUAGUACAGUAGAGACGACGUACGAUGUCUCCGUUUACGCCAAGAGCCCGGGAAACUCUGAGGUUUAUUUCAACGUUACACCUGCAGGAUUUGUCAACGAAAAUUCAAUAUUCCUUCGUGUAACAGUGAUGCAUUCUUACAUAAUUAAAGUGGUCUCGUACAUCAUGGGAUGGAUUUACUUCGCGGCGUGGUCAGUCUCAUUCUAUCCUCAGAUCUAUGUCAACUUCAAGAGAAAGAGCGUCGUCGGUCUCAACUUUGACUUCUUGAGCCUUAACAUUUUUGGGUUUAUCAUGUACUCUAUGUUUAACUGCGCCUUGUUUUUCUCCGAAGCUAUUCAAAACGAAUAUUUCUCGCGACACCCUCGCGGCUUGAACCCGGUGCAUUUGAACGAUGUGUUCUUUUCCAUGCAUGCUACUUUCGCUACUUUCAUCACUAUCAUCCAGUGCUUUAUUUAUGAGCGCGCUGAUCAACGGGUGUCAACCUCGGCUCGAGGCAUUCUCGCUGUUUUCGCCUGCGUGGUGAUCGUGACGGCUGGUCUCAGCGGCGCUGGCAAACUCGAGUGGCUCGACUUUCUCUAUUACUGCAGUUACAUCAAGUUGUCUAUCACGCUUAUUAAAUAUGUACCCCAGGCAUACAUGAAUUACAAGCGCAAAUCUACGGUCGGGUGGAGCAUCGGCAACAUCUUCUUAGACUUCAUCGGCGGUUUCCUGUCCGUGCUACAAAUGGUCCUCAACGGGUACAACUACAACGAUUGGGUCUCGUUCUUCGGCGACUUCACCAAAUUCGGCCUCGGCCUAUUUAGCCUCUCCUUCGACAUAUUCUUCAUGCUCCAACACUAUGUGUUCUACAGAGAAUCGCACAGUACACGUUUUGUGAGGGUUAACAGUAGUGACGAAAGUUCAGAAAUGACGAGCAGUGGUGAGGGGAAGGAAUUUUUCCUUAUGGUCGAUCCUAUUGGAACGCCAGUGAAAAAAAAUAUGACCUGGACGUCAAAGCGUGAUGAAGACCACAGACCGAAAUGUGCCACCACUCCAUAG